CUGUGACAGGCGGCUGCAGCCGAUGGGAGGCAGAGUCAGCCCAGCAGGCAAGGAAAGAAUCACAGCUUCUCCAGCCAUCACUGAUACCCACAAUGCACAGAGACGGACACCAAAAUAGAAAUCUGGCUAGCAGGUAACAUGGCUGCGCUGGUCGCCACCUUCCACUGAGGACCUCGCCCGGACUGCGGCUGGGGAGCGAGCAGAAGGCAGGAGGCGCCGCUCACCUCACCUGCGGAGCGCGGGAUCUGAGGCGGGGACCGGGGCACUGCCGAGCAGCAGCAUGGCAGCCCUGGAGCUCUACACAAAGCACGCAAGGGUAUGGAUCCCAGAUCCAGAAGAAGUUUGGAAAUCUGCCGAGAUUCAGAAAGAUUAUAAGCCAGGAGACGGCGUUCUUCACCUGCAGCUUGAGGAAGGCACGGCUUUACAAUAUCGUCUAGAUGCCAAAACAAAGGAGCUGCCACCGUUGAGAAAUCCUGACAUCCUCGUGGGAGAAAAUGACCUGACUGCCCUGAGUUAUCUCCAUGAGCCGGCCAUCCUGCACAACCUCAAAGUGCGCUUUAUAGACUCCAAGCUCAUUUACACCUAUUGCGGUAUAGUCCUUGUAGCAAUAAAUCCUUAUGAGCAAUUACCCAUCUAUGGAGCUGAUAUCAUCAAUGCAUACAGUGGGCAGAAUAUGGGGGACAUGGAUCCUCAUAUUUUUGCAGUGGCAGAAGAAGCAUAUAAGCAAAUGGCCAGGGAUGAGAGAAAUCAGUCCAUCAUUGUAAGUGGGGAGUCUGGAGCUGGGAAGACGGUAUCUGCUAAAUAUGCAAUGAGGUACUUUGCUACAGUCAGUGGGACGGAAAGUGAAGCAAACGUUGAAGAAAGGGUGCUGGCUUCUAAUCCCAUUAUGGAGGCAAUUGGAAAUGCAAAGACCACAAGGAAUGACAACAGCAGUCGCUUUGGAAAAUACAUAGAGAUUGGUUUUGAUAGGAGGUACCGGAUUAUUGGUGCCCACAUGAGGACUUAUUUACUGGAGAAAUCAAGAGUGGUGUUUCAGGCAGACGACGAGAGAAAUUAUCACAUUUUUUACCAGCUGUGUGCAUCUGCCUCUCUACCAGAGUUCAGUGUGCUUAAACUGGGCAAUGCCAACAGUUUUCACUAUACUAACCAAGGGAGAAGCCCUGUGAUUGAUGCAGUAGAUGAUGCAAAAGAACUGCGCAACACAAGGCAAGCCUGUGCUUUACUAGGAAUUGGAGAGCAGCAUCAGAAGGGAAUCUUUAGAAUUUUAGCUGCUAUACUCCACUUGGGAAAUGUGGAUAUUAAAGGUCGGGAUUCUGACAGUUGUUUAAUUCCGCCAAAGCAUGAACCUCUUCUUAUAUUUUGUGAUCUGAUGGGAGUGGACUAUGAAGAAAUGUCACAUUGGCUCUGCCAUCGAAAGCUUGUAACUGCUGCUGAGACCUUCAUCAAGCCAAUUUCACGGCUACAGGCCACUAAUGCUAGAGAUGCUCUGUCCAAACACAUCUACGCAAACUUGUUCAGCUGGAUUGUUACUCAUGUGAAUAAAGCCCUACUGUCAUCUGCCAAGCAAAAUUCCUUUAUCGGAGUCCUUGACAUUUAUGGUUUUGAAACAUUUGAAAUAAACAGCUUUGAGCAGUUUUGCAUCAACUAUGCCAAUGAGAAGCUACAGCAGCAGUUCAACUUGCAUGUGUUUAAGUUGGAACAAGAAGAGUACUUGAAGGAACAAAUCCCAUGGACCCUGAUUGAUUUUUAUGACAACCAACCCUGCAUCAAUCUCAUAGAGGCCAAAAUGGGUAUUCUGGACCUGCUUGAUGAGGAAUGUAAGAUGCCCAAAGGAUCGGACAAUACCUGGGCCCAAAAAUUGUAUAACACACAGCUCAAAACCUGUUCAUUGUUUGAAAAACCACGUCUCUCCAAUGUGGCGUUUAUUGUACAGCAUUUUGCUGACAAGGUAGAAUAUCAAUGUGAAGGCUUUCUGGAGAAGAAUAAAGACACAGUGUUUGAAGAUCAAGUGAAAGUUCUCCGAGCGAGUAAGAAGUUUAAGCUGCUGACAGAGCUGUUCCAAGAUGAUGUGCAUGCCUUAAGCCCAACAUCAGCUACUCCCACAGGACGUACGCUCCUAUCCCGUAAAGGUCUACGCAAACCAAAGCCUGAACAUGCAAGCAAGGAGCAUAAGAAGACAGUCGGCCACCAGUUCAGGAACUCUCUGCAUCUACUGAUGGAGACACUGAAUGCUACAACCCCUCACUACGUACGCUGCAUUAAACCAAAUGACUACAAGUAUCCUUUCACGUUUGACUCAAAACGGGCCGUCCAGCAACUCAGGGCUUGUGGUGUGUUGGAAACUAUAAGGAUCAGUGCUGCAGGAUUCCCAUCCAGGUGGACAUAUCAAGAGUUCUUCAGCCGAUACCGGGUUUUAAUGAAACAAAAAGAUGUUCUCAGUGAUCGUAGACAAACCUGCAAAAAUGUGUUGGAGAAGCUCAUUGUGGACCAAGACAAAUAUCAAUUUGGUAAAACAAAAAUCUUCUUCCGUGCCGGGCAAGUAGCUUAUUUGGAGAAAAUAAGAGCUGACAAGCUGAGAAUGGCCUGCAUUCGAAUCCAGAAGACAAUUCGUGGCUGGCUUUUAAGGAAGAAGUACUUGCGUAUGAAGAGGGCCGCUAUCUGCAUUCAGAGAUAUGUUAGAGGGUACCAGGCAAGAUGCUACGCCCAGUUCCUGCGCAGGACGAGAGCAGCAGUCAUCAUACAGAAGUUUCAGAGAAUGUAUGUGGCUCGGCAGAAGUAUCGGCGUAUCCAGUCUGUUACACUCUCACUUCAGACGAUUCUUCGGGGUUAUGCAGCCAGAAAGAGGUAUCAGCAGAUGCUAAGGAUCCACAAAGCUACCAUCAUUCAGAAGCACGUCCGUGGCUGGCUGGCUCGUAAGUUAUACAAAAGAAACAUGAGAGCCAUUGUUUACCUGCAGUCCUGCUACCGCAGGAUGAUGGCCAGGAGGGAGCUGAAGAAGUUGAAAAUUGAAGCCCGCUCUGUUGAACACUACAAGAAACUCAACUACGGCAUGGAAAAUAAGAUUAUGCAGCUGCAGCGUAGGAUUGAUGAACAGACUAAGGACCACAAGUCCUUGCUUGAGAGGUUGACGCAUCUAGAAAUAACCUACAAUACAGAGAAGGAUAAGCUACGAAGUGAUGUUGACCGCCUGAGGCCAUUUGAAGAGCAGGCAAAAAAUGCCAUAAACCAAGUGCUUAGCCUCCAGGAGGAGUUAGCCAGGCUAAGGAAGGAGCUGCUUCAAACACAGAAUGAAAAGAAGAAGAUUGAGGAGAAUGCUAAACUAUAUAAGACUGAAACUGAGCAGCUGUUGUCUGAACUCAAAGAGCAGAAUUCAUUGUUGAAAGCAGAGAAGGAAGAGCUGAAUCUCUUAAUCCAGGAACAAGCCAAACGAAUGACAGAGGACAUGGAGAAGAAAUUGUUACAAGAAACAAAGGAGCUUGAACUUGAGCUGAAUGAUGAGAGGCUGAGAUAUCAGAAUCUUCUCAAUGAAUUCAGUCGCUUGGAGGAGCGCUACGAUGACCUGAAAGAGGAAAUGGGCACUAUGAGCUUCCCCAAGCGUGGACACAAGAGGACAGACUCCACACACAGUAGUAAUGAGUCUGAAUACACCUUCAGCUCAGAAAUCACCGAGUCAGAAGACUUUCCAUACCGGAAUGAGGAGCCAGCUGAUAAGAAAGCGCCUCUGGACAUGUCCUUAUUCCUCAAGCUCCAGAAACGGGUAAAAGAAUUGGAACAAGAGAAGCUCAUUUUGCAAGAUGAUCUGGAUAGAAAGGAAGAAUUAAUCAAUAAGACAAAGAUCCAGGAGGAAGCAAAGUCACCAGUCCGGAGCACUGAGCUGGAGUACGAAUCCCUCAAGCGUCAGGAACUGGAAUCUGAGAACAAGAAGUUGAAGAAUGAAUUAAAUGAGCUAAGGAGAGCUAUUACAGAGAGAGUUUCCCCAGAUCCGACUAGGCCAGGGUCUCCAGUAUAUAAAGUGCUACUAGAACAGAUGACCUCAGUCAGCGAGGAGCUGGAAGUGCGGAAAGAGGAGGUCCUCAUCCUCAGGUCACAGCUAGUGAGUCAGAUGGAAUCCAUUCCACACAAGGAUGAUAAGGAUACUAUGACGGACACAUUGGCUAUCUCUGAAGACGUACAGAAAAUGAAGGACCACAGGGAGGUUGCUCAGGCUUAUACAGGCAUGAAGGAAACCAACAGCACCCUACCGCAGGAUUACCAUAUGCUGAACGAGGAUGGAGAGCUCUGGCUGGUGUAUGAAGGGUUAAAACAGGCCAACAGGGUUCUGGAGACCCAGCUACAAGCUCAGAGGAAGAGCUAUGAAAACGAGGUGGAAUCUCUCAGAGGAGAGGUCCAGGGUCUGAAGGAAGAAAACAAUCGUCAGCAGCAGCUCCUCGCUCAGAAUCUUCAGCUGCCUCCUGAGGCUCGCAUUGAAGCUAGUUUACAGCAUGAAAUCACACGGCUGACUAAUGAAAACCUGUAUUUUGAGGAGUUAUAUGCAGAUGAUCCCAUGAAGUAUCAGUCAUACCGGAUUUCACUUUACAGACGGAUCAUUGAUCUAAUGGAGCAGCUCGAGAAGCAAGAUAAGACAGUCAGGAAACUGAAAAAGCAGCUGAAAGUGUUUGCAAAGAAAAUCGGAGAGCUUGAAGUUGGUCAAAUGGAGAAUGUGUCUCCUGGUCAGAUAGUGGAUGAGCCAAUACGUCCACUUAAUAUUCCCCGUAAAGAGAAAGACUUCCAAGGAAUGCUGGAGUAUAAGAGGGAAGAUGAGCCGAAGCUCAUAAAGUAUCUUAUAUUAGACUUGAAGCCCCGUGGUGUUGCCGUGAAUCUCAUUCCGGGACUACCAGCUUACAUUCUGUUUAUGUGUGUGCGGCACGCUGAUUACCUCAAUGAUGACCAGAAAGUCCGUUCCUUGCUCACAUCAACCAUUAACGGCAUCAAAAAGAUCUUAAAGAAAAGGGGGGAUGACUUUGAAACCGUCUCCUUCUGGCUUUCCAACACCUGCCGGUUCCUGCAUUGCCUGAAGCAGUACAGUGGAGAAGAGUCCUUUAUGAAGCACAACACAAACCGGCAGAAUGAACACUGUCUCACAAACUUUGAUCUUGCUGAAUACAGACAAGUGUUGAGUGAUUUGGCUAUUCAGAUCUAUCAGCAGCUGGUCAGGGUGCUUGAGAAUAUAUUACAGCCAAUGAUCGUUUCUGGAAUGUUGGAGCAUGAGACCAUUCAGGGCGUCUCAGGGGUGAAACCUACAGGUUUGCGAAAGAGGACAUCCAGUAUAGCUGAUGAAGGAACGUAUACUUUGGACUCCAUAGUGAGGCAACUGAACACUUUCCAUUCCAUACUGUGUCAGCACGGUAUGGACCCAGAGCUCAUCAAGCAGGUGGUGAAGCAGAUGUUCUACAUUAUUGGCGCCGUCACACUCAACAACCUGCUGCUCAGAAAGGAUAUGUGCUCAUGGAGCAAAGGGAUGCAGAUAAGGUACAAUGUGAGCCAGCUAGAAGAGUGGCUGCGUGACAAAAACCUGAUGAACAGUGGAGCUAAGGAGACGCUGGAACCUUUAAUUCAGGCUGCGCAGUUGCUACAAGUCAAGAAGAAAACUGAUGAGGAUGCGGAGGCCAUCUGCUCCAUGUGCAAUGCUCUGACGACUGCUCAGAUUGUGAAGGUGUUGAAUCUUUAUACUCCAGUAAAUGAAUUUGAAGAGAGGGUCCUUGUAUCAUUUAUACGCAACAUACAGUUGCGUCUAAGGGACCGGAAGGACUCACCUCAGCUGCUAAUGGAUGCCAAGCACAUCUUCCCCGUCACCUUCCCAUUUAACCCUUCUUCCCUUGCUUUAGAGACUAUUCAAAUCCCUGGCAGUCUCGCCCUAGGAUUCAUCUCACGCGUGUAAAUAAAUCAUCACUGAUGUCAAAUCGCUCAGACCUCUAAGCAUUCUGGAUUUCACCAUUGCAUCCUUAGAUACUAAAAGUCACAUGUCUCCUGUGUACAUCAUGUGUAAGAGACUGCUAGACAGGUGCACUCAAAUGGUCUUUACCGCCUUCACUUUUGGAGACUUGCCUUGGUCUUCAUCCAGAUGUCCUACGAAUAGUAACUGUUGCCUUCCUGAAAAGAGAAGCAGGGAUGUGAGUCAGGAAAUGUUCUAUAUGUGGCAAGGAAGGUAUGGCUUACUGUGUUAGGUUAAAUAGUGAUAGUUUGAUCAGUUUGGGUGUGUACAUACCUGCAUACGCCAAACCACAUCAUUAUUUAUGUUAGGGGGGGGGGGGGAACAUUUCUAUAGAAGUAUUGGAAAAAUCUCCGCUUACCGUGUAGAUGUUUCUUAGCACCGUGGUUUACUAUGCAUAUUAAUGUGCUGCUGUGUUUUGUGUUCCAGUCUCCGCAUUAGGCACUACAAAUAAAAUCCUCGUCUCUUUA